AUGGUGGCGUUGGUGGCAGGAGUGGCAAUGGAGGCUCCGCCGACCACGACGAGGAAAGCGGGAUCUGCAGGCUUGCAGUGGGAGACGCGGCAAAUAUCUUUUUGGCACGAGUCGGUGUGCCCCGUGCCGUGGUGGUGCAAGUUGGUGGAAAGACAACAAAACAAGAAAUCCAAUCGUCAAAGAAGAACGAGAAAAGAAAAUACACAAAAGAUAGACCACGAUUGCCGGCAUCGAGCCCGACGAGGCGUCGGAGGUGCGACAAAGAUGAGGAAGAAGCUGGGCACCCGGUUCCCCGCGGCACGGAUCAAAAAGAUAAUGCAAGCAGAUGAGGAUGUUGGCAAAAUUGCACUGGCUGUGCCUGUUUUAGUUUCGAGAGCCCUUGAAUUGUUUCUGCAAGAUUUGAUCGACCACUCAUACAAAAUUACUCUUCAAAGUGGUGCAAAGACACUGAAUUCCUUCCACCUGCUCCAAAGAGGAACCAGAAUAUCGGAAGCUGACGAGCACAAGAAAAUCAUUGGGAAAUUAUUGUCAAGGCUCAAGAUGUAUCAGCAGAUGCUCAGAAAGCAAUGUGUGAAGAGGUACAGCUCUUUUGACUUCCUAACUGAGAUUGUCAACAAGGUGCCAGAUCUCGGUGGCGGUGAAUCUUGUGGAGAUGAAAGAGGAUUACCCAGAAGAAGGAAAUUUUCAAAUGGAAGCGACCCAGAGAAUGAGGAGCCCCGAUCUAGCAAAAUGCCCAUAAGAAGCUUGAACACCAGUCCCAGAGGACGAGGCAGAGGUCGAGGAAGAGGGCGAGGGCGGCCUCCAACCAAGAGAAAGGAAAUUGGUUAUGUACAGUUUGAGGAUGAGAGCAGCAUGUUUGCUGAACAAAGUGAACCCUUGCCAGGAGAUGAGAUAGUUCCGGAGACCAACCGUGGCAAUGAGAGUAUUCCCCAAAGCUCACAUCCUCUAGUGGAGGCUCCAUCAGCCAUGACGCCAGCUGUGAUUUCAAAGGUUGAAGAAGCUAGCACCAACCAUCAGCCAGAUUGGCCUAUGCCAGAUGCCAUUGGAGGCAUUGGUGUUGGACCAUCCAGUUUUGGACAUCUGACAGUGCAGGUUGAUGAGGUAGAGGACUACGACAAUGAGGAUUAG